UUCUGUUCAUGGGAGACUGGAAAGUGAGGAGGCUAGCUGUUGUGUAAACAUUUGAACUACAGUUAGUUCAGUGAACUAUUUUAAAUGCUCAAAAUAAUGAAAUGGUAUUUUUUCUAAACAAAAAUAUUGCUGUCUGUAACCAUGCUGAUUUGAAAGUAAGUCUAACUUAAGUGCAACUGGAAUCUAUUGUGUCUCAAGUUCAUCUGUAACAUUAGUUUUCAUGCUCAAAGUACUUUUUCAGAGCAUUGUUAAAUUAUUCAGAACACUUUCAUUUUCAGCUACUGAGUGUUUGCAUUGUUCAGAAUUGUAUUGGCUAUAAAAAAAAAUGACAAAUGGCAAAAACUUAUUGCAGGUGCUUGAGCUACACAGAUGGAUUCUCAGAUAUACUUUUAGAAAUGUUUUAUCUUACUGAUUCACAGUGUCAAAAGUGCUGCAGCAUAUUUAAACUGUUAACUGAUCUAUAAUCGCAAUAUGGUAUUGUCCCUAUUUACAUUUUUUUACAUUUGACUGAGCUGCGGAUUUAUUGGUCAAGAAAAGAGAGGUUGGAAACUUGAUUGAUGGUUGGGUUUCAAGCACAUUGGGGUUUCUAAUAAGUAAAAAUCCAACUGGCUAAUGGUAAUGAAUAGACUCUGAAUUGCGUGUUCCUCUUUGGGAGGAAAAUAGGGGUAAGGUAUAAAUGAUAAUCAAAACAAUAUCCACACUCCAAUCGGCAAUGGGAAUCGUGCAUGAAAACGCUGUGGUUGUCAAAGAUAAUUGGACAUUUCAGAUUAGGCUAGGAACUAGAUAGAUAGAUAGAUAGAUAGAUAGAUAGAUAGAUACUUUAUUCAUCCCGAGGGAAAUUUUAGGCAUUCAGUAGCUUAUACAUACACAUAUAUACACACAUAUCUCACACACAUAAAGAUCAAAAGUAAAAAAAUCUGAAAUAAGGUGCUAUGGAACUGAGCGUCUGCCAAAUGCUAAUAAUAACUGGGCUCCGUCGUAUGUUGGCCACCAAUAAUUAUUUUUAAAAUAAUAAUGAUAAAAAAAUAAAAUUAAAAUAAAUAGUAUCCCUUUGAAUGAUAAUGAUAUGUGUUUUUGAAUGAGAAUGUAGCCUAAAAGGAAAUGAUAAAAAUGUGCUAUGACUUAUAACAAGAAACCCUUGGGUACUAUUUAUUAAUUAUAUCAAUAUUUCAGAUUUUACAUAAAGAAACACGCAUGGAAUGUUAUAUUUGCAAUGUCAACCAUUGAUUAAUUUUUUAAAAAUUAUUUAACUAGGGGUUCUUUUUCUACCAAUGCUCAUAUUUUCAUUCUGGAAGAGUUGAUUUACUGUAUAUUAAGGCUUUAUGUAGCCAUAGGGACGACACACAUAUUUUUCAACACCUUCAAGAUCCAUGUAUUCCAUUAUAAUAACAUUAUGAAGAAGCGGAAUGAAUGAUAUUCACAAAUACUCUAUACCCACUGGAAUACAGUAUAUGACAGAAAUAUUUCUGUGGACACGAGUUCCUUCACCCCACACAACUACCAGCAACAAACUGAUAACAAACUCAGUCCUUUUAAAGAGACAGUAGUAUUUAGCAAUGCCAAAAUGGCUGGGAAAUUCAAGUGGACCUUUCAUGAAACUUACUCUACCUCUGUCAUUUCAGUGUUUUGUGCUUUCAAACACACACACACACACACACACACACAGUCAGUGUAGCAGAUUCUGAGGAUUCAAAUGACUCUAUUAAGCGGCGCAGUAUUGUGUGUGUGUGUGUGUGUUACCAGUUCAAUUCACUGCUAUAGUACCCAGGAGCAACAUAUUUAACCUAGGGCGGCCUGUAGCGUAGUGGUUAAGGUAAAGGACUGGGACACGCAAGGUUGAUGGUUCUAAUCCUGGUGUAGCCACAAUAAAAAAAAAAAAAUCCGCACAGCCGUUGGGCACUUGAGCAAGGCCCUUAACCCUGCAUUGCUCCAGGGGAGGAUUGUCUCCUGCUUAGUCUAAUCAACUGUACGUCGCUCUGGAUAAGAGCGUCUGCCAAAUGCCAAUAAUGUAAUGUAAUGUAAUGUAAUGUAAGUCUUUAACCCUGUUCUUGGAGAUCCUUUCAACAUUAAUUUUGCACUCACGGUAAAUGGUUGCCAUUCAUUUAGUGCCUUUGUCCAAAGUGUUGUGAAAUUGAUGCUUCUCAUUCACCCAUUCAUACACGCACUCGCACACCAAUGCCGAUUGGCUGCCAACCAGCUGAUCAGGAGCAUUUGAGGGUUAGGUGUCUUGCUCGGGGACACUUCGACUCACCCAGGGUAGGACCGAACCGGCAACCCUCUGACCGCCAGACGACUGCUCUUACUGCCUGGGCCAAUGUCGCUCAUGAUUCUUCAAAUUAGCAGCUUAACAAGAUCUCUAGCUUAAUGAGGUGUGCUUUGUUAGAGUUGGAGUGAAAACCUACAGGACAGUAGAUCUCCAGGAACAGGGUUUGGGCAGCCCUGCUCUAGCUGUUGAAUGAGGAGUGCUUUGUUAGGUUUGGAGCGAAAAACCUGCAGGACGGUAGAUCUCCAGGAGCAGUGACGCAGAUUAUUUGCGUCAGUGAAUAUGAUCUCCAUCUGAAUGAAUGGAUCAUCCAUAGGGGAAGAAGGAGUUAUGUGCUCUGCUCUGAACUGGAGUGGUAAGAAGCAAGUGGGAGGAUGAGCUGUAUCAAGGCCGCCCUCCUGGCUCUUGCUGUGGGAGUCUGCAUCUCUGCAGAUCCGGGGCUAACUCCCAGCGUGCCGCGGUGCGUGUUUAUGUCGUUCGCAAACGUCACCUGCCAAUGGGAGCCCGGCGUGAACACACCCCCAGGCACCCGUUACGUCCUGCAUGUCAACGAGAACGGUUUCGAGCAGCGCCUGUGUCAGACUCAGUUGGAGACUCGGUGCUCUGUGCCAAUAGACAGUUUGAAUUGGUACUACUGCAUAUGGGUGACGGCGAAGAGCGCCCAUGCAGAAGCAAGCUCCCCCCACCUCUGCAUCAAAGCCCUCCAUGCAGCGAAGCUCUAUGCUCCGAAUUUCACUGGACUGACGGCCAUUUCGGGGAACGGCACGUGCCUGGAAUUCCGGUGGUCUGAGCCGGAAUACUUCCCCCUGACAAAGGGGCAUGUGGCAGCAGGGUUGCUGGCCUACCAGCUGGAGUACAGUACAGAGGAACAGUCCCACCCGCGUAUCCUGGAGCUGGACCUGAGACGGAAAGUGCAUUGUCGGUUUUCCCCGUUCACGCUCUACACCGCGCGAAUCCGCUAUCGUUACCACAAUGACACACCGCCCCUUAGCCACUGGAGCGACUGGAGCGGCCGGCUCCAGGCUCGGACAGAGGAGGGAGCUCCCUCUAUCCAACCGCAGCUCUGGAGGCUGAUAGAGAGAGUGCGGGUAAAGGACCGGAGACAAGUCACUUUGCUUUGGAAGCCGUUGCCGAAGAGCCAGGCGAACGGCGUAAUUUCAGGCUACCGCGUGUGGUGCUGGAAAGAGCCGGCCCAAACCGAGCUGGACCCCGGGGGGUGCCGUGACCUGCUCCCCUCGCAGACGUCCUGCCAGCUACUCCUCCCGCCCCAGCGCUGCUCCUGCGCUCUGUCCGCCGGCAACUCCGCAGGCCAGUCCCCCGCCGCGGUCGUGACCAUUCCCAGCGCCACGCACAAAGAGACGCGGAGCCCGGUGGCCUUCCGCGUGGGCGCGCUGGACGACUUCACGCUGACGGUGCUCUGGGACCCCGUCCCGUCGGCCAGCGGGUUCGUGGUGGAGUGGAGAGCGGCGUCCGAUCCCCCGCCCCGCUGGCCUCGCUGGAGGAAGCUGGGACCUCACUGCAGCGGCGUGAACGUCUCCGAGGGGGUGAGGCCGAAGGAGGGCUACGCCGUGUCUGUGAGGGCGGAGUUUGGCGCGGAGGCGGGGCCAGGAUGGUCAGUACUGGUGUACACCAGGCAGGGAGCACCCUCUGCUGGCCCGAGGCUGCAUGUGGCAGAGCUCGGGAGCAGGAGUGUGUUUCUGCAGUGGGAUCCCAUACCCCUGGAGCAGAGGCACGGAUUUGUACGCAACUACACCCUCUACUGUGAGAGCAACGACCACGACUCCAGGCGGUGCAGACCCACGGUAGUCCCAGAACACCAGCGGCAGUGCCAGCUGAGCGAUCUCUCCGGGGUGUACAGUCUCUACAUGACGGCCAGCACCGACGCAGGGCAGGGGGCUGCCGGCCCUCCGCUGUCUGUGGUCGUCAAAGGAUACACCGUUUCAGCGGGGACCAUUCUCAGCUGCAGUAUCCUUCCCCUCCUGACUGGGAUGGUCCUUUUCUUCUGUCUGAGAUGGAGACAGAGAAUAAAGUACACUUUCUGGCCGUGGGUGCCAGACCCCUCCCAGAGCAGCCUCUCUCUGUGGAUCAGUGGUAAGGCACCAGUGGACAAGAUGGAGGCCAAGGUGAGAAUGGGCCCUGGGGAAGAUGCCUAUCCUUCUUCUUCUUCUUCUCAGCAAGAAAAGGAAUCAAAAGAUCCACAUGCUUGGAGCUCCACCAAUAAGGAGCUGCUGUUCGACUCUGAGCCCCACCUCAGUGUUUUAGACUCUGUGAAGCUUCCCAUUGGCCUCCACGACCCUCCGUGGCCCGGCUCAGGCCAAUCGGUGAGCGGGAAUGCUCAGGCCCUCCCUCUUCUCGGCCAGUACGUGAGGCAUGCGUUUGUACGGGAUGGGGCGUGGCCCGCUCCCCCUCCAUCCUCAGCAGACACCCCGUACACCUUUCUGGUUGCCACGGAAACCCAGGAACAGGGAACUGGGUUUUAAAUCGCUAACAUGAAGAAGCUCUGUAUAUAUACACUCACUGAGCACUUUAUUAGGUAUUUAUUAGGCUUAUUUUUUUACACUUCUACUGCUGUAGCCUAUCCACUUAGAGUUAUUAUGCGUUGCAUGUUCAGAGAUGCUCUUCUGCAUACCACUGUUGUAAUGUGUGGUUAUUUGCGCGAUUGAUAGAGUAAAAAUGUUCCUAAUAAAGUGGUCUGUGAGAGUGUAUAUAUACUGUGGAGCGAGGUAAUAUUUCAUUCAAAUAUGUUUUCAGUGUAUUCCGCUUCCAUAGGGAACCGCAGCGUUGAAUCCCAUUUAGUUGUAAGGCAGGUGUUCUCGUGUGUUCCGUCCUCGGGCAGAGUGUGAUGCAGUAGCCAUGUACAGCCUGGCUUUGCACAGCAGAUGUGGAGCAGGUCAAAUUAUAAUUCAUUGAAUGUAAUGUCACUUUUGGUCACUGAAAGCAAUGGAGUUCACUGAAAUACGACUGACUUUGUACAUGAAAAAAUAAUUCCAAAAAACCCAUUUUCCAGGUUUUAAAUAUAUUUAUUUAUGUAUGCUAUUGGAAAACAUGUAGGUUACCUUAUUGUUUUCAGUGUAAAUAUGUGAAUUCAUUCAUUUCCUUCAGUUGUCUAUAUUUUUUCCAAAUAAUGAAUUCAUGAAAUUGUUUUUCUUUUCUUGUUAUUGAGGUGUGUUUUUGUUUUAGUUUGGAAAAAUAAAAUAUGUUGUUUUGGUUUUGACAGGCAGCUUUUCUGUAAAAAGAAAUAAAAUGGAAUUGAAUUGAACUGAA